AUGACUUGCUUGGGUUGUCUCUCCUUUGCCGCUGCCAAACCAGCAGCGGCGAACCCCUCUUCUACGUCGUCGUCCAGCAAGCCCGUUGUAGGCGGGCCCCGUUCGUCGUCCCUUUCUGUUGCCCUUUUUUCGUUGUCGUCCUCACUUGGGCUCACUCUUCGCCUCGAUCGCGCUCCAAAAUGCUGUUUCUCCUUUGGCUUCAGGAGGCGCGCUUCACCCCAAUCUCGGUCGAUUGUCCUGGCAACAGCAAAGUCAGAGACUCUGAAGAUUAUGAUAUCAAGUGCUCCUGCAUCUGGAAAGGGUACACAGUGCAAGCUGAUCAAGGAUAAGUAUGGACUAGUGCAUAUUGCUGCUGGAGAUUUACUACAAGCAGAAGUUGCAGCAGGGACUGAGAAUGGGAAGCAAGCAAAAUAUUACAUGGAAAAGGGGAUGCUAGUCCUUGAUGAAAUCGUCGUAAAUAUGGUCAAAGAGCGUUUACUGCAACUGGAUGCAGAAGAAAAUGGCUGGCUUCUGGAUGGAUAUCCAAGAAGCCUUUCUCAGGCAGUUGCUCUGGAAAAUCUUGGCAUCCACCCUGAACUUUUCAUUCUUCUCGAUGUUGAUGAGGAUAUCCUGGUGGAGAGAGUUGUGGGGAGGAGGCUCGACCCUGUCACCGGAAAAAUCUACCACUUGAAGUAUUCACCGCCUGAAAUUGAAGAAAUCGCCGCCAGGCUUACUCAACGCUUUGAUGAUACUGAAGAAAAGGUAAAGCUGCGGUUGCAGACCCACCAUCAGAAUGUGGAAGCUGUGCUCGGAGUCUAUGAGAACAUCACCGUCAAGAUCAAUGGAAAUGCUCCAAAGGGAGAAGUAUUCUCUGAGAUCGACGUGGCACUGUCUGAGGUUCUUGACAAGAAAUCCAAGGAAAGCUCAUCAUCGAUGACAUUUUUUAGCUCCGUUUCUUGA